AAAACAUUCCCCAAUCAAAACAAAAUAAACGAUCAAAAUGGUUUGCAAAGGCUGCGGAACUAACUGCAAGUGCCAGGACACCAAGUGCGGCGACAAUUGUGCCUGCAACGAGGACUGCAAGUGCGUGUGCAAAAACGGGCCCAAGGAUCAGUGCUGCAAGACCAAGUAGCUUAAGCCGAUCGAUUGAUUGAAAACCAAUAAAUGAAAGGCCGUGUGUAAGCAGCAAAGCUCACCAACAUAUCAGUUUCUGUCAGAAAUGAAA